UGGGUUUUCUUUCACUUCGCAGAUGAUAUUUGAUUAUAAUCUGAGUAAUUAUGUCAUAAUGCUGUUAUUUGGCUAGGAUUUGCUUUGUUUUCUUGUGUGAUAUUUAAUAUUCCUCUGAUCAGACUUCGGAGAGUCUGAAUGACCGAUUUCAGGAGCAACACGAAAUGCUUCAGGAGAGGAAUCAAUAAAAUUUAGCAGCAUGGGACAUGGAGAAGGACUGCAGUGAUUCAGAUGUAUCACUAGAUGGCACGCAAGCUCAUCUGGAGGCUCUGAAGGAUAACCUGUUGAAGAGAGAGGGAGAUCUCAAUGCUCAUGGAAUGAAAAGAGAGGGUGACAGAUCCUGUUGAACAGUCAGCAUACGCUAACCUCUUCAGUGCUGUUAUACAACAGGCUCAUCAUGUUUAUGGUGAGUUGGUUGAAGCUAAGCAGCAGUUUGUCCAAAUGGCAGUGGACAACCAAAAAACUCUGACAGAGAUUAAAGAAAGUCUAGAACAAACCAUAGAAGAAUCCAACCAGAAGACUGAUGAGGAACAAGAGAAUACACAACAGCAAACGUGGGAUCAUGGGCAGAGCCAAAGGUGGAUGAAGGAUCAUAGGCCAGCUUACUCCAUCAUGAGGUCAUACAAGCGGCUUUGGAGUGCAUUAGAGCUGGAGCUACAUCCACCGUCAUUGAAGUUUGAGGUGAAUUUUGGACAAAAUGGAUACUUAAAUGUUGAAACUGAGAAGAGUUUAGGGCAGCAGCUGUUAUUGCUGCAAGCUGAGUUAAAUCAACUCAAAGAAGAAAAUAAGAAGAUUAUUGACAACUGCACCGCUGAAAGAACCAUGGGAAAGAAGUACUACAACAUAGUGGAGGAUAUGAAAGGUAAAAUCAGAGUGUUCUGUCGAAUAAGACCGCUGACUUGAGCAGAGCAGGCAAGAAGAGGUCACAUCAUAGUCACUUGUCUUGAUGACUACUCUGUGAUCCUGGAGACUCCUCGAGGACCUCACAAGUUUCAGUUUGACAAGAUCUUUAACUCAGAUUGUUCACAAUAAUAAAUCCUGGAGUCCAGUGGAUUGGAAGAGGUGAAGAAUGCUAAAUAGAUGCACAUUUCUCCAAGGCUAAUCCAGUGUGCGAUUGAUGGCUUUAACGUAUGCAUCUUUGCGUAUGGCCAUACGGGUUCCGAGAAAACCUUCACAAUGGUUGGAGAUAGAGAUCGGAAGAACCCAGGAAUCAUCCAGAGAACCUUCACCAAGAUCUUUGAAAUCAUCCAGAAGAAUGAUUCUAAAUUUGAGUUUAAGUGUGGUAUACUUUACAUGUUUAAUGAGCUGAUGUU